AUGCGCUUUGGUGAGCUCAUAGAAAGAUGUUUGGAGUUGGAAGGAAUUGACAAUAGGAAGAAUCAAUAUGGAUUAGGAGUACCAACCCAAAACAACAAUCACAAGGGCCAUUUUAACCGAGGCCAUGGAGGAAGGACCCAACAAGGGGGUAGGCCAUAUCAAAGGCCUACACCAUAUCAUAACCAGGAUUCUAGGAGGUUAAUGUUCAAGUGUUACAGUUGUGGAGGGGCACAUCCUAACAAAGAUUGUCCAAAUAGAAAUAUUGGAGCUUGUUUUCGUUGUGGUCAGAAGGGCCAUUUUCUCAAAGAUUGGCCCCAAGGACAAAAUCAACCAACAAGCCAGAAGAGCGUCCUAAUAAACAAUAACAAUGUAGGGAGAGCAAGGAAUGGAGGGCCAAAUGUUGGUCAAGGACCUCAGAAUCAGAACAAGCUAACCACAGGAAGAGUAUUUGCAAUUAGAGGAGCUGAGAUCUCAAAGUCAGAUGGGUUAAUCCAAGGUAUGUGUCUAAUUAGAGAUAAGUUGGUAUCAGUAUUAUACGAUUCAGGAGCUACACAUUCAUUUAUAUCUAUAUCUUGUGCGGAAAUUUUGGGAUUUGAAAUUGUUGGUCUCAAUAAUAAGUUGACCAUUACAACUCCCUCAGGAGAAAGAAUGGUAACUUGUUCAGUCUGUGCAGACUGCCCUAUAAUUUUAGAAAAUAGAAGAUUCUUAGUAGAUCUUAUAGUACUCCCGCUAAAAGACCUAGAUGUCAUCUUAGGAAUGGAUUGGUUAUCAGCCAACGAUGUAAACUUGGGGUGCAAGAAGAAAAUUUUAACGUUUGGAGAAGAUAGUGGAGAAGUCAUAAAGGUGGAAACUCUCACCCAAAUAUUUAUGAUGUUAUUCUCUAUGUCAGAAGGAGAAACCCCUAGUGUUGAAAAUAUUCCAGUGGUCUAUGAAUUCUCGGAAGUUUUUCCAGAAGACGUUUCAGGUUUACCACCGGUUAGGGAAGUGGAGUUUUCUAUAGACUUGGUUCCAGGAACUAGACCAAUUUCUAUAUCUCCUUAUCGAAUGCCACCCUUAGAGAUGGCUGAGUUAAAGAAACAGUUAGAUGAGAUGUUAGAGAAGGAAUUUAUUAGACCGAGUGUAUCGCCAUGGGGAGCUCCAGUCUUGUUUGUUAAGAUGAAGGAUGGUUCUUCUAGACUUUGUGUAGAUUACAGACAACUUAAUAAAGCUACUGUAAAAAAACAAGUAUCCUUUGCCUAG